AUGCUGAGCAGCGUUUGGUUCCUCAGUGUGUUAACAGUGGCUGGGAUAUUACAGACGGAGAGUCGCAAAACUGCCAAAGACAUUUGCAAGAUCCGCUGCUUAUGCGAAGAGAAGGAAAACGUACUGAAUAUUAACUGUGAAAACAAAGGAUUUACAACUGUUAGUUUGCUUCAACCCCCCCAGUAUCGCAUCUAUCAGCUGUUUCUCAACGGAAACCUCUUGACCAGACUGUAUCCAAAUGAGUUUGUCAAUUACUCAAAUGCGGUGACUCUUCAUCUAGGUAACAAUGGGCUGCAGGAGAUCCGACCUGGAGCGUUUAGCGGUCUGAAAACUCUCAAGAGACUGCACCUCAAUAACAAUAAACUGGAGGUAUUACGAGAGGACACUUUUUUAGGCCUAGAGAGUCUGGAGUACCUCCAAGCUGACUACAAUUACAUCAGCACCAUAGAGGCAGGGGCAUUCAGCAAACUGAAUAAGCUCAAAGUACUCAUCUUGAAUGACAACCUUUUGCUGUCUCUGCCCAGUAAUGUCUUUCGGUUUGUCCUGCUGACUCACUUAGACCUGAGGGGGAACAGGUUGAAAGUAAUGCCUUUUGCUGGUGUCCUUGAACAUAUUGGAGGAAUCAUGGAAAUUCAGCUGGAAGAAAACCCAUGGAAUUGCACCUGUGACUUACUUCCCCUGAAGGCAUGGCUGGACACCAUUACUGUUUUUGUGGGGGAGAUUGUCUGUGAAACCCCUUUCAGGUUACAUGGGAAAGAUGUGACCCAGCUGACCAGGCAAGACCUCUGUCCCAGAAAAAGUGCAAGUGGUGAUUCUAGUCAGCGGAGCAGCCAUUCAGACACACAUGUCCAAAGGCUGUCCCCUACAAUGAAUCCUGCUCUCAACCCAACCAGGGCUCCAAAAGCCAGCCGGCCACCCAAAAUGAGAAAUCGCCCGACUCCCCGAGUGACUGUGUCAAAAGACCGGCAGAGCUUUGGCCCGAUCAUGGUGUACCAGACCAAGUCCCCCGUUGCCCUCACCUGUCCGAGCAGCUGUGUCUGUACCUCUCAGAGCUCAGACAAUGGUCUAAACGUUAACUGCCAAGAAAGGAAAUUCACUAACAUCUCUGACCUACAGCCCAAACCUACCAGUCCAAAGAAACUUUACCUAACAGGGAACUAUCUCCAAACAGUCUAUAAGAAUGACCUCUUAGAAUACAGUUCACUGGAUUUGUUGCAUUUAGGAAACAACAGGAUUGCAGUCAUCCAGGAAGGUGCCUUUACAAACCUGACCAGUUUACGAAGACUUUAUCUGAAUGGCAAUUAUCUAGAAGUGCUAUAUCCUUCUAUGUUUGAUGGACUGCAGAGCUUGCAGUAUCUCUAUUUAGAGUAUAAUGUCAUUAAGGAAAUUAAGCCUCUGACCUUUGAUGCUUUGAUUAAUCUCCAGCUCCUCUUCCUAAAUAACAACCUGCUGAGGUCCUUACCUGAUAAUAUAUUUGGGGGCACAGCCCUCACCAGGCUGAAUCUCAGAAACAAUCAUUUUUCUCACUUGCCUGUGAAAGGGGUCCUGGACCAGCUUCCUGCUUUUAUCCAGAUAGAUCUGCAAGAGAACCCAUGGGACUGCACCUGUGACAUCAUGGGGCUAAAGGACUGGACCGAACAUGCCAAUUCUCCUGUCAUCAUCAAUGAGGUGACUUGUGAAUCUCCCGCUAAGCAUGCAGGGGAGAUACUGAAAUUCCUGGGAAGGGAGGCCAUUUGUCCAGAUAAUCCUAACCUGUCAGAUGGGACUAUUUUAUCAAUGAAUCACAACACAGACACACCUAGAUCACUUAGUGUGUCUCCUAGUUCUUACCCCGAACUACACACUGAAGUUCCACUCUCUGUCUUAAUUUUAGGAUUGCUUGUGGUUUUUAUCCUCUCUGUCUGUUUUGGGGCGGGGUUGUUCGUUUUUGUUCUGAAGCGUCGAAAGGGAGUGCCAGGGGCUCCCAGGAGUGCCACCAACUUAGAUGUAAGUUCCUUCCAGUUACAAUAUGGAUCUUACAACACCGAAACUAAUGAUAAAGCUGAUGGCCACGUCUAUAACUACAUUCCUCCACCUGUGGGUCAAAUGUGCCAAAACCCCAUCUACAUGCAGAAGGAAGGAGACCCAGUAGCCUAUUACCGAAACCUGCAGGACUUCAGCUAUGGCAACCUGGAGGAAAAAAAAGAAGAGCCUGCCACACUUGCUUACACAAUAAGUGCCACUGAGUUGCUAGAAAAACAGGCCACACCAAGAGAGCCUGAGCUGCUGUAUCAGAAUGUUGCAGAGCGAGUUAAAGAACUUCCCAGUGCAGGCCUAGUCCACUAUAACUUUUGUACCUUACCUAAAAGGCAGUUUGCCCCUUCAUAUGAAUCUCGACGCCAAAAUCAAGACAGAAUCAAUAAAACCGUUUUAUAUGGGACUCCCAGAAAAUGUUUUGUGGGACAGUCAAAGCCAGACCACCCUUUACUGCAAGCUAAGCCACAGUCGGAACCAGACUACCUCGAAGUUCUGGAAAAACAAACUGCGAUCAGUCAGCUGUGA